GAAAUGGCUAGUAAAUCGGAAACCGAUAGAAUAGCGAGACGUGAAGCACGUAAACGUGGAGCUGCUAAUAGACAAGUUAGAACUGAUGAUUUAAAUAUUGUUUCACCAGUGAGACAUUAUAGUAAGCUGAUAGAUGGAAGGAAACCACUGCAAUUGACUUCAGCACUUAUUGACGAUGAGUUGAUUGGAAGACUUCCUAGAUUGAGGAAACCAAGUGUUAUACCUCAACCAUCUUCACCAGAUAGAACUGGUGAUAGAUCUCCAAUGAAAGUUAGAAAGAAGAAAACCGAUCAAGUGAACUCUCCCGAAGAAGUUGAGUCAAGAGUGGUUAAGCCUAAAGUAACGAAGACUAAAUCUAUAAAGAAGAGUAAUAAUAAAAAGACUAGAGUGGCAUCUACCAACUUAAGGAAAGGUAAGGACUUAGAUAAUAUAGGUGGAAUUUCGCAAAAGACUAAUAAUUCUAGUAGUAAACCUGACAAAAGUACGAUACCGGGUGAAAGUGAAAUUAAAGAGGAACCAGGGAUUGAAUCUACGAUCUACAAUUCACCAAAAAAAAGUCGUAGAAGAUCUUUAAGACUUCAGAAUGUGCCAGAUUUUAAUGAAACUUCCAAUGAUAAUGAAGAUGAUACCCCACCAGUUAAUAAUACUCAGGAUGAUGUUCUUACGCCUAGAAGAGCAAGAAGAUAUCUUGGCCUUGCAGGAUUAGAUUUAGGACCACCAUUACCAAGUCAAAAGUCUAAGAAAUCAAAGAAAAUAAAAGAAUCCAGUCUGAGAAGAGCAAUACCACCAAUACGGACAGAAGAAACUCCAACACAACAAUCAACACAACCUAGUGAAUCAGAGUCUGAAUCAGAAGCCGAAAUUACAACUAGGAACAAGAAACGGACACCAAGAGAAAGGACCAAUAAUACAAAUAAUAAUAAAAAGAAGAGAAAGACCACAAAACCUCCUGUCGAGGGAAGAAUUAGACCACAACAAGCAACGGAAUCACCAGUUCCAGAAGAAAUUGUUUCACUUACUUUACAAUCAUCCAGGGAUAGACAGAAUCCUUUAUUCAUUGAUGUUGAAAGAUUAGAAACAUCAACAUCCGCAUCUUCAAUUUCAGCAAGAAGAGCCAAAAUUGGUACUUUAGAUGUAAUGAAACAUCUCGUUCAAUCAUUUAAACCGGAAUCAAGUGUUGAAUCCAACACAUUGGACGAGAAUACUGUUCAUUCCAAUUUCAAAAUACAUGUACUAUACCAUUUGCGAACAUUACUUGAUACUCAUUCAAGCAUUGGGAACUUAUCACAACAAAUCAAUUCAAUUCAAAGGAAAAAGGAAGCAUUGAGACAACAAAUUUAUGAACUUCGGAAUAAACAUACAGAUGUUGGGAAUGAAAUGAAUGAUAUUAGACUGGAUUAUCAAAAUGAAAAGUUACAAUUGAAUAAAUUACAUCAUAUUGAAGAGAAUAUUGAUAAAUUAAAAGCAUCUAUUGAAACGAACAAUACUACACCAGCAAUAAACGAUGAGGUUCACAGAGGACUUCAACAAAUCAAUCGUAUUAUUAAUCCAAGACAUGGAAUUACUCAAAAACUCAUUCUGAUUAAUGAAAAGUUGACAAAAAUCGAAACUGGAGAAUUAUAG